AUGGGAUAUACCGAUCUUGAUGGACCGAUCUGGAGAACUGGACCGAUCUUGCUGUGUGAGGUGGGCUCCAUCAGCAAAGGUGGGAGCUUUGGAGAGCUCGCGUUGCUCUACUUCGCUCCCCGCGCAGCCACGAUCCAGGCACGCGAGGCCUCCCUGGUAUGGGUCAUCGACCGAAAGCACUUCAAGGACGGGACCGGGGAGAUCGAGCGGGACAUUCUGGCAGAGUCCUCCACCGCGAAAGCGGAGGAGUAUGUGAAGUAUUUGGACAAGGUGGAGCUACUCCAACCUUUGCAGGAAGAAGAGAAAGCCGCUCUUGGCCGUAGUUUGACUGAGAUGACCUUCACCAAGAGCGAGGUCAUCUUCCAGCAGGGUGAGAAAGGUGAUGCCUUCUACAUUCUCAUCGAGGGACAGGUCAGCGUGAUCAAGGACGGCCGCGAGGUGACCCGUCUCAGAGCCACGCCCGAGAAGGCCUCCUUCUUUGGCGCGGACGCCCGGCGCAGCCGCGGCGAGCGCGCCUUGCUGAACAACGAGCCGCGGAAUGCCCGGGGACCCGAGAUCCAUCCGGGGAAGCCGCUUGGAGAGCGAGACACCCCCUUGGCCACCUUGCAGGUGCUUUCGGAGACGGCCAAGACCUUGACGGUGGAUCGGCAAUCCUUCGAUAUGAUCCUGGGGCCCUUGGAGGAGCUGCAGACGAGAGGCAGACAAGGCAAGAGCAAACUACAGGGGAAGAGUGCGGCCAUGGCCACACCCAGCCUGCCGCGUGGGCGGAAGUUUGGGCUGAUCCCACGGAAGGACCUGCGUCGUGUAGGGCUCUUGGGCUGUGGCGGCUUUGGGGCCGUCGAGCUGGUGGAGCACACUGGCUUGGGGGACACCUAUGCCUUGAAGGCACUGAGCAAGGGCUACGUCAUGAAGUCUGGGAUGCAGCAAAACGUCCUGAACGAAAAGAAUGUGCAGAUCAUGUGCGAUUCGCCGUACCUUGGCCAUGUAAGAAGGGACGCUGCUUUCUUUGCAUGUAAAGAUAUGAAGAGGUGA